AUUUUGUAAGCGUCCUCCCCCUGUCGCUGCUUGAUGAAUUUCGUUCGUUGGCGUCUUCCCUCUCGCACAGUGUGUCUCUGCUCGCCGCGAUUGCGACAACGGUUCUGUGUCGGCUGACCUGACGUUGAUGGCAGACCUGUACCGCAGGCCGCCUUUGCUGCUGCUCGUCGCUCUGCUGCUGCUCAUCGUUGUCGUCUUCCACAUCUGUUUCCUCGAUCGCGUUCCUGGAAGGAAACAGACGCGUCGAACGCCGAAGAGGUCAACGAAGAUGGAUAAGCUUCGGACGAAGACGACGAUGUCGGUGGGAGGUGGGGGGUCCUCACGUCAGCGUUGCAACGGUGCGGAAGGCGGCAGGCGGCCGUAUGACCCGACGUUGUACAGCCACCUGCCAUCCCAAGAGAUUCCAUUGCCUCCGAGUGACGACGACGUCGACGACCCCAGAUCCUCAACGGUUCCUCUGGGCAUCGGCUCGACUCAGGAUUGGAUGGGGAGCCAGGUGUACAGACACGCAUCGACGCCGACGUACACUGAUUUGCUGGAGGGCCGGACCCCCGCUGGUUACCACGCUGGACUUUUCGAUCUGAGAUUCGGUCUGAGCAUAACGAGAGGGGUGGCGAGAAUCAGUGUGGGGGCCGAAGACGAAUUUGAGGACUGCGCUGGUGGAGGGGGCGAGGAGAUCGCUGCGGACGACGGCGGUGAUGACAACGACAAAGACGACGACGGCGAGAUGGAGAUUCGUCUAGUAGGGAGGAAGCGCGGAGGGUCGACGGCGAGAACCAAGGUUAGAGAAUCGCGCACGGGGCGGAAAGGCAAGAAGUGCGGCGAAGAAUCGUGGGCAGGCGACGGAACAAAAAGCAGGGAUUUUUGGACAGUGGAGCAUAUGAUCGCUCUUAUCAGAGUCAAAAGAGACCAGGAUUCGCAUCUGGUCGGCCUGGGGCACAACUACGGACAGAUGAAGACGAAGACAUGGAAGUGGGAGGACGUUGAGAAGAGGCUGGUGCAGAUGGGGGUGACGAGUAGGAAGGCUGUUGACUGCGGAAAGAAAUGGGACAACCUGUACCAGCAGUUCAAAUCUGUGCACAAGUUCAUGGGAGAGUUCGGGAAGCCUAACUUCUUCACACUAACGCCGGGGGAGAGGAGGGAGCGGGGGUUCGACUUUAUGAUGGAUGAGCGCGUGUAUUCGGAGAUGAAGGCGAUGUCCGGGGGCGAUCACACUAUACACCCCACGAAUCUCGCGGACACGGGUGCGCCGGGAGGUGUUCAAUUGCCUGGCACGGUUGGUGGGCGAGACGAAUCCGGCGGUAGUGACAUGGGGGGGGCGGUCAGGACGACGAUCGUGGAUCGACGAGGGAUUCGUCGGUGGGUUUUUUGGGACGCGAGGGGAAUAUGGCGGAUUGGAGAGCCUGGCCUUUUUGGGGGCGGGAGAGGACGGAUGGGGGGCGGGGUCUUUGUACCUCCUGUGAGGAGCGCCUGCGCCCCGUCGUGCCUUGUUCAUCAUGCGGAGGAUGACCUCCACGGCACGAGAAAAUUCGUCUGUUGUGAAUCGACGAAGGUGCGGGCUGUAGUGGAUGGCCUGGCCUGUCCAUGGUGUGAUGCGAGACCGCGCACCAUACAAAAGGGCAUUCCGGGAGGCAUUCCGUACCGCUGGCAUUCUAUUGCGACGACUCCAAAGACACCGUCUGUGCAUGGUAUCGUCGUCACAGGCGUAGUCAUCCGUUUGUCACGCUACGAUCGGCGGGUUUGGGCUCCGCGGGCAUCCACGUCCUCCUGCAUCCACGUCAGCCAAGCGGCGUGCCAUCGGACUGGUCCUUCAUCCACAGCAGCGAAGCGCCUCAUCAUCAACGUCGUCCGUCGGCAAGGUGCCCAUCAUCGACCUCCCACCGCUCCUUCAUUCCCGUUGUCCACGUGGUCCUUCAUCCACGUCAGCCAAGCGCCGCAACUUUUUGCAUUCGACACGCACUUCUUUGUGGAUGACAUGGCACCGUGCGACACUUCAGGGAAGGCAAAAAGAAACAGCGGAUCGGGCGACGAUGGGGAGACCCAAAAAGGCAGAGGGCACAUACCGAAGUCGAAAAGGCCGCGCUUCGAUGAUGACAGCUCCGAACAUAGUGGGGAUUUGCACGGCGAGGAAGAGUCGAUGGUGAAUGCACAAGGGGCGGACGUCAUGAAGCAAUUGGGGUUUGGGCGGGACAGGGUGUCGAGGGAUCAGCUGGCCGCUCUGAAGCAAGACUUGGUCGGUGGUGUCGUCGUCUCGUUGGCACGAACCCCGAAGUCGGUAGGGAUUGUCAUGACGGACGCGCGCGUGGCGAGACAAGUUCCGCCAAAGGUCGGCCAGGUGGCGCCACGUCAGCCAAUCCCAGCGCUACAGGCGGGGACUUCAGGGGUGGAAAAAACACCGUCCGCGCAAAAGGUCGACACGACGGCGGGCGGUGGUCGGACGACGGCGGCAGAUAACACCACUGGGAGCGGAGUCGCGGAGGGUGCAGGAGAGGGGAGGGUCGAUGACGUCCGCCGCGAUGAUGGGAGGAAGGAUGCCAGGGGGGGGGGCGAUGAUGACUACGAUUGUCUGGUUUCGGCGAUUGUGAAGAAAGGGGUUAAAGAGGAUGAUCUCGAAGAGAGGUCGAAGUUGUGGAUCGACUGCGACGCAUUCUGGGGUCAGGGACCGGGGAAGCCAUUGAGGGAGGCGGUAGGCGAUUGCACGGACUACUUCAUCACCAUCGCCAACAGGGAUGCAGGAGCGGAACCGCCUUCGAUGCUGGUAAUGCAGCCGAAUGAUGUGCCACGCUUCAAGAUCGACGACCCUGCGCAGCGUGAACCGGCUCUGCGUAGAGCACGCAACGUGGAGAAAGUGGUGCUGCGUGCCAUCCACGGUUGGAUCUUCAAAUCGUCGUCGAGGUCGACAGGCUUAGCUCGUGCAGAAUCAUACGUGACAGUGGACUUCGCAACAGACGUCGCGCGAGUAGUCUGGCAGGCUUUAGAAUGGUCGAAAGUCGUUUCCCUUGCCCUUGUCUACCACACGCUGGCGAUGAAGAUGGACGUGCCUCUGUGGUUCGCUGGAGUGAAGAUUGUGAUUAGGCCAGAAGACGACGACAUGGCGGCGCGGCAGGAGGCGACAGUUCUGCGCCUGGCAGACUGCUGGACAAAUGCAGUUUGGUGCGGGCAAUGGGGGGACGGUGGCCGGGUGAAACAGGAUAGGUUGACGUGCCUUGCGGAUUGUUUUCGAGUUCUGUUGAGCGCGUGCAUGUGGAUCAUGCGGAUGGGCGGUGAUGACGACCGCUCGCACUACGAGGCAUCAUUCUACGCGUCCAUGGUCGCCAAACCAACACUCAUAGCGGCGGGCUCCUACAUCUUCAACUGGCGGCGGCACAUCGUUGACACCGCCAACCUCGUCUUGGAUCGUUUGGGGAAGGCCCACCUCACGCUCGGAGAUUACCUGCAUUGCAUCCCCAAAUGGGCCGAUUGCGGGUUGGUUUUCAGUCACAACGCGGCCCUCAAGAAUGCAGCGAAAGCAGCAAAACACGGGUGGAUCGGCAACGGCCCGCCGGCGGAUGACGAUGGCGAUGACGAGAAGUGACACGUGGUUCAUCCGCAAGGCCGCGGCGGGAUGGGGGCGGGUGGGGGGGAUGGCGAUGACGAGAAGUGACACGU